GUCUCUUGCUUACUGUUGGACUUGGACAGACGUAAUCUGUGAAGAUAAUUGAAGUUCCUUUGCUCCAAAUGCUUAUGGGAGUCUCGUGGAGCGUGUGUUUGACAGCAAGACCUGGUGAAACCUUCAUUCUUUGUCUGUUACAAAGUCCAGAGGUUGUGGGAAGCAGCUACAAGGCUUGAGGAUGCCCCCGCUACCAAACGCUGAACUAGUUCAGAACUCUCGGCAGCUGUAUCGCUACCUACUCCGAUGCUGUAAGCAGCUUCCUGAAGAGAGCAUUCGGCAGCAUUACAGACAUGCAAUCAGGCAGAGUUUCAAGGUUCAUGCUGAUGAAGAUGAUCCUGAGCGAAUCCAACAGAUUAUUAAGAGAGCCAUUGAAGAUGCUGACUGGGUCAUGAAUAAAUAUAAAAAACAGAAGUAGAAGAAGAUGAUGAAGACAAGAAUGUCAUUGGUAAAGAAUCUUAGAGGACUUGCAGUCAAGCCCAGUACUGUAGUAUAGUUGCUGCCUUGGAUAAUACAAAUAUAGUAAUUUAUGUCUCACUGGGUUAUCAUGAAGCUAAGUUAAUAUUUCUGAAGCUAUUUGGGUUUGUAGAUUAAAAGGCACACUCUAGAUUCAAAGUAUUAGCUUGUAUAACCACAAGUUUAGCUUAAAGGCCAAACUUGUCUGAACUCUAAGUAAUACAGAGCUCUCAGGAAAACUUACUGAGAAUACAGAUGUAAUGGAGUACACGUCAUUAACAAGAAAUAAAUAGUGCCCUGUGUGGUGUUCAUAUCUGAAUUACAGCAGCUCAUCUGGAAGAUCUUAACUUCCAAGCCCAUCUGAAACCUGAAGCAUAGUAUUUCCCGCUUGCCUGUCCAUGCUGUGGGUAGCUCUUCAUUCUUCACUGUAGGUUGGCAGUUGAACUAGUGGUGGCCUUUUCUAAUUUAAGGAUAGGUGCCUGUCAGCCUGAGCUCUAGACUUGCAUGAAAACAGGCACCACUCAGCGAGGUUUUGUGCACUGAAUGGUUUAAUUACUGCAAUGUGCAAUGUUGUACAGAGGCCUUCACGACAAAUAAAUGUCCUUUAAAAGUG